AUGUCGGAUCAACAAAUGUCUUCGCCCUCAGAACGAGCGGCGUCUGUUUUGCCCGCAGGCUUGCUUGAUGAGGUGCAGCGCCACUUGGAGGAGGUCAAGACGAUACCAACAACCUCACUGGAUGAUAGACUACUCGAUCGUUUCGAUGCCUAUGUUCCUUCAUUGAUUGCAGACUCGCAGAAUCGAUCACUGAUCGAUGGUCUCGUUUUGCAGCUUUCAUCCAUGAUUUCAAGCCUUCAACAAGAUCCUGCGCCCAUAAAUAAACUUCUCAUUCGGCUACUCGAACCGUAUUCUUUUACUGAUGUCUUAGCCUUGACGCCAGAGGUCAAUUUUGCAGCUGGCCUUGAUAUCUCUCUCCAACCCUUCAAUAUAUUGGUUUUGACUCUUCUGGAAAAAGCGUCUCGAUCGCCGAGCGAAGCUGCAAUAGUUGCCGGGAAGGCAGAAGUUGUGGCAAAUCUCAUACGGUUAUGGCUUUGCACGCCAGAGGUUGAAAUCGCCGAAAAGGCCGGUCGAGUGCUAUGGGGCCUGUUGAAGGUGGAUUAUGCAGAGCGGCCAGCUGGUGCCCCGGCGCAUAUACAGGAUGUAGAUUCGAUUGUUCAAAAUGAGGCAAGAGGCCAGGGGCUUAUGUGGAGAAGGAUAUUCAAGGACAAGGAUACCUAUAGCUUGUUCUUCUCCCUGUGCAGCCUCAAAACGCUCGGUCAAGAGGGCCAACUUAGCAAGCGAGACAAGACGCUUGCUCAAGCCAGACUUAUGGAUUUGAUACCAAAGAUUGCUCAACUGGACUGGAAAGCCAUCUCUGAGACGCAAAUCUCAGAGGUUGAGACUGCAUUCGGUCUACGCUCUGGUCAAGCCGGUUUGCUAGACUUCGCCGCCAUCCACAUGGUAGACAUUAAGGACGACGUGCUGAUGCACAUGACCCUCAUCGACUUCUUCUCAAAGCUUCUCCAAGCACGUCCAACAUCAAAAUCUGAGAGCGUAACGCAAUCUUCACCUGGCAAUCAUCCGCUGCGAUCAUCUCACACCCUUGAAUAUCUCAUUUCCCGAGGUUUACACCGGCGGACGACCUCCUUCUACCUUGACCCUGAAAAUCCGCAGCACGACCCAAUAGAUGUCAUUUAUCUCGGAAGCCGCGCUGCAAAUUAUCUCUCGGUUUACGCUUCAACAUAUCCCCUCCAUCUACUUUCUGCCGAAGUCUCAAGCCCGACGAGUAUCGAACGGAUUUUGGCGCGGGUUUCCUCUGCUCUGGACGUGUCGCCGGGUAAAUGGGCCCAGGGGGACUCCCCCAAGAAUGAUUUGCAUCUGCUUGCAUCGCUACCGCGCGUGGCACUACUUCCGCGGUUUGGCUCGAGCCAACAGCGAACCUCUCGUGGCGUGUGGCAUGCGAGUCCGGUCUCUCUUCUUCCUACCUCUCCAGCCAAUGCAGAUGCUCUUAGCACACUUGGGACUAUCUUCCAUGGACCGUCUCGAACGCAGAAUGAAAUUCAUUUCCCACCGCGACCAUCGGAUGACCACAUUCAACAACAAUUCGUCACUUCUGAAGCUGUAGCAGCGCGGGCCCUCUACCUUCUUUACGUCUACAACAAUCAGUCCAUGUACAAGCACGUGGUUCAGCACGCUGAGACUGUGGCGUUGAAAGAAACCGCUCUAGCGGCAAUCGAUAUGCUUGCCAAUAUCAUUUCAGCAAACUGGACAGGCCUCGCAACUUCAGAACCUACCACAGAAAUAGGUCGGUUUAUGCUGCCUUCAGAUGAGCAAAUCAUUUCGCUGCUUCCAAUGUCUUCAAUGCCGACGCCUCCCACCGUUGUCCCUGCUCUUCUCGCGUCUCCCGGAAAUGAUGCGCUGGUACCUUACCUUCUUAAGCCAGCGCAGACAUUUAGCAACCUGGUUGGCGGCCGAGGCGAUACCGAAAGUGUUGCUUACAAGGUCGCUGUCGCCAAGUUCGAUACAUUGAAGCUGUUCCAUAGAGCUUUGGACGACACUUCUGGCGAUGUAGAGGGUUUGACGGAUUUGAUCAGUAUCGUGAAUGGAAGAAUUGCUGAGGGUCCCUGGAGCCCUUCAGGCGAGGUGGGAGGUCGCAUUGGUACUAUUGAGCUAUGA